GCCUUGGAAUGAGACCACCACUUGCUGCUUCUUCAUCUUUCCCCACACGACGUUAUCUUUCCGCCCGUGCCCGCAACAGCUUCACUGUGCAGGAUGUUUUUUCAGAUGCCAGAACGGCCGAGUUCGCCUCGGCUGCAGGCGCAUCCAAGGAGGCUGGCUCGCAAAUCACUUUCCCAAAUCUUCUAGGCUUGCCCGAGGUGAUUGUUACAGGGCGGGCCAACUCGGGCAAAUCAUCCCUGUUCAACGCAGUUCUAGGGCGCAAAAAUUUGCUUGUCACCAGUUCCAAGGCGGGCCGUACACGACAGCUCAACUUCUUCCGUGUUGGACCAGAGCCAGGACGGUUGGUCCUCGUUGAUGCGCCAGGGUACGGACGGAGGGGAAGGUCCGAGUGGGGGGAUUUGUUCGAUCAAUACUUGCAGACGCGUAAAGAACUACGCCGGGUAUAUGUCACCUUCAACGGCAAGCACCGACUGAACGAAUACGACGUCCAGAUGCUGGAACAUCUCACCAAAAAUCUACACACCUCAGAAGAUGGCGUUCAACGAUAUUCCAUACAGGCUGUAAUCACCAAAUCUGACGCCAUACUUCCAGACGAUGUGAAGGACGUUAUCACUCAGCUGCGGAAGGACAUCUUCGACGCUGCGCCGUUUUGCCUACCUCCCAUCAUCACGAGCGCAAAAAUGAUCCCUCCCUUCGGCAUCAAGGAGCUCAGGAAAAGUAUCGUGGAAUGCUGUCAGGAUUAAAAAUGUACAAAUUACUCUAGAUCGAAUAAUAGGAUUUCUGCCGUCUUGUCGCC